CGCUGCCAUUCUACUCACGCCAGUACCCCUUCGACCAGCGAUGCUGUGCUGUCUCCGGAAAUAGAGUACGUCCGACGUUUAAACCGCGUGGAAGUGAAAUAUUUGAUUUUAGUGUAGCUUGUGAUUCGCGUCCAUAGAUCGACCGAUCGGGUGCGCGAGUGUGAGUCCAAAUGACUGGUAGCCCAGUGUAGUGGGCUGGAACCUUAUAAAAUGUGGACCAAAAGAUUAAAGUUAUGGAGGUUUAUGUUGUGCAUGUUGUUUGCCGUGUCGGCGCUCGCGCUCGCGGCGAGAGCUGAUGACGACAUUCCUUCAGAAUCACAGUGCCGUCCAUAUAUCGAAAAAGCACUAAAAGAGCUCGAAUCGGGAGACUCUGAAACAGACUCUAAAGAAAAAAACGAAUCAAGUGAAGUUAAUGUAGACGACGAAACGAAAGAAGAUACUUCAGUAGAAGAUAUUGGGAUAGCAGCAAAUUCUGAUGGUAACGAAGAAGGAGACAGUAAAGAAGAUGAAAACAGUAAAGAAGAAGCAGAUAGUAAAGAGAAAGAAGAAGAUUUACCAUCAGUUGAGGUUGCUGACGAACCAUACUUGUCACAAGUCUCAUACGAAGAUGAAAGUGCAGCCCCCAUUGAUGCUGAUUCUAAGGAAGAUGCCACCGUAGAGGCAAGUAACAACAGUGAAGAAAAAGAAACUGCUGAGAUUGAAGAAGGUGACAAAGGAGACAGCGUAGAACAAGCAUCUGCUGAAGAUCAAGAAACCGAAAAAGAAAGUGGAGAAGUAGCAGACGAAAUUAGUAAAGAAGAUUCUGGUGAUAGCAAAGAAGAUAGUAAGGAACAAGAAGAAGAAAACAAAGAAGGUGAAGAAAAUAAAGAUGUUCCGACCGAAAAAGCCGAUACCGAAAGCAAAGAAGUGGUUGAAAAAGAAUCUGAAGAAAGAACAGACAGUGAAGUUCCUGCAACUGAUGAUAUGUCGCAAGAAUCAGAUAAUUUGUUAGAAAAAACUGAUGUCAAAGACGCUGUAGAUGAAAGUGAAGAAGACAAAAAAUCUGAAGAAGAUGAUGGUGGAUCUCAAGAAAAGGCUGAAUCUAAAGAAGUUGAUGAAAGUGUAGGUGACUCCCAAGAAGAAAAAGAAGAAGAAUCCAAGGAACAGAUGGAAGAAGAUGGUAAGUCCGAAGAAGCUAAAUCAGAAGAAGCUAAGUCAGAUGAAGAACAAGAUGAAUCAACCGAAAAAGAUGAAUCUGCAGAAAAUGAAAUAGGGGAAGAUAGAGCCGAAGAAAGUCAAGCUGAAGAAUCUGCUGAAGAUGAGCUAGCAGGUGAGGCGGAAAGCGAAGAAGACUCAGCAAAGUCUGAAGAGACUGGUUCAGAUGAGGCCAAAGGAGAGGGAGCGCCUGAAGAGGAUUUAUUACUGAUUGGAGAAAUCCCUGAAAACUUAAGAUCUCGUGACCAUAUUAUCAAAAUUCUGAGGUUGGAUGAAGAAGCUAGUGAGUCAGAGUUGAUAAUAGAAAAAUCAGCAGAUAUUGUUCUCAGAGAUUUGAAGAGACUUUAUGAAAAUUCCAUUAAGCCACUUGAAGCUCUUUAUAAAUACAGAGAUUUAAGCAACAGACACUUUGGUGAUCCUGAAAUAUUCUCUAAGCCACUAGUACUUUUUAUGGGUCCGUGGAGUGGUGGUAAAUCAUCGAUAUUAAACUACCUAACUGGGAUCGAAUUUACCGAAUGGUCCCUUAGAACAGGUGCUGAACCAUCUCCAGCAUAUUUUAAUAUACUAAUGCACGGAAAAGAUCCAGAAGUCUUAGAUGGAACUCAACUUGCAGCUGAUUGGACGUUCUCAGGGCUACAGAAAUUUGGCCAAGGCUUAGAAGAAAGAUUACGGGGUCUUAGGUACCCCAGUAAAUUAUUAGAAAAGGUGAACAUUGUAGAAAUUCCUGGAAUACUGGAAGUGAGAAAACAAGUUUCACGCGUUUUUCCAUUCAAUGAUGCCUGUCAAUGGUUUAUUGAUCGCGCAGAUAUUAUUUUCCUAGUUUACGACCCUUCAAAACUAGAUGUCGGUCCCGAAACAGAGGCUAUUCUUGACCAGCUUAAAGGCAGGGAAUCUCAGACUCGCAUCGUAUUGAACAAAGCAGACACCGUUAAGCCAGAGGAGCUAAUGCGCGUUCAAAGUGCUCUAAUAUGGAAUAUAUCACCACUUAUGAGCUCACCACAGCCACCCGUGAUGUACACCGUAUCACUUUGGUCGUUGCCUUUCGAGCCGGGCGCGCCGAGUCGCCUGCUCCUGGCUCAAGAGCGCGAGCUGCUGCGCGAUCUGCGCCAGGCGAUAGACAAGAGAAUCGAGAAUAAGAUCGCAAGCGCUAGACGAUUUGCAGUGCGAGUUAGGAACCACGCAAAAAUGGUUGACUGUUAUUUAACAACUUACUACAACCACAAGACAAUCUUUGGUAACAAGAAGCUUAUCGCGGACGCAAUUAUUGAGAACCCUCAGAACUAUCACAUCUAUGAGGGUUUAAGUACACUUACGAAUAUAUCCAGGUACGAUCUUCCCGAUCCCGAAACUUAUCGGGACUUCUUCCGGUUGAACCCACUGUACGAGUUCCAACAGCUGUCGGCGACGUGCACUUACUUCCGCGGUUGUCCCAUCACGCGACUCGACGUCGCCAUCGCUUAUGACUUGCCCGAGCUGGUCGGCAAGUACAAGAAGAUGGUAGAAACUGCCACCCCACAAGGAAUGCCCAAGAGUUGAGACGCAGGCCCUUUGCAAAAUAUAACAUAAGACCCGCUUUUUAUUUUAGCGAAUUGGAUUAGACGGUUAUUUUGGGCACAUUAUGCAUUUCUUUUUCUAAUUGGGCGUUGUAACAUAAUAAAAAAUAAGCAUUUUCUAUUGUUUCGUUAAAUCGUAUAUUUAUUUGCACAAAUACUCGCUUGUUCCUGUUUUGACGUGAGUCAUGAAUGAUGUCCUGUCGAAUGAUAUCUAAUAUAAGAUUUUCUUUUUGCGUUUUUAGUGAAGGUAGAAAAAGCAAGACAUUUUCAAUUUCCCCAUUAACCAUUUUUAUACACAUGUCAAAAAAGUAAUCUAGUCAUUAUUAUUUUAAAGUUUGUUAGUGAAAAGUUGUUACUAUAAUUUUAUUUAUUGAUUGAAUGCGUUCCUGGUGCAUAGGGACAAAUACUUAUAAAACAGUCUCCACCUUAAUUUCUAUCUUUAUUAGAAUGAGACAUAUUGUGAAAAUCUGUAAUAAAAACUAAAAUAUA